AUGACUUUCCACGCCUUUGACGUCGUCAACGUCUCAUAUCUAUCGUAUUUGAUAUCCCCGACCAUGUUUACUUGGUGCAGCUCUAACGGCUCAUCUAUCGAUUUCAAGGAUGCCCAACCGGCACGACCAGGCAACGGCUGGGUGUUGGUUGAGCUCAAGUUCCCAUAUCAGCCGGGCCAGUCAUGCUGGUUCAACCUGCAAUCGGGCAGCGAGCCUGAAAAGCGUGUAAACAGUGAAAAGUUCACCAUCAUUUCCGAACCGAGACCGACCCCGACAACUCUCGGGCUCCAAGAGCCCUCGGGGACGAGCACCGCGACUCCAAGACCCACGACCACACCUGCCGCGCCGUCCGCCACAGUCGCCGACGGCAGCGCAUCCACCAACCAGCAGCUAAGCAGCGGCGCCAAAGCUGGGAUUGGAGUUGGUGCGUCCCUGGGAGCGCUGUUGCUUUUAUCGCUGGUAUUCUUCCUCGGCUUCCGCUUCCGCGCUGGGCUUUCCGAGACCGGGAGCCAGCAGCGCAUAGUUCAGGAGCUGGACACGACGGGAGCGAGCAAAGCGUCACAUUCCAGAGCACACAGUUGCAUGGUGCCCGAAGAAAUUGUUCCCAUACGCGAACACAUGGACUUAUAUGGUACGGGGAUGCACCCGGAUUUUCACUUGUACCAGCAGCCGUGGCGAGCGCCAGGGAUUCCCGAACUGCAGACGGUGCCCGAUGUAGAAACCCACAAAUACCGGGUCUAG